AUGCGGGAGGGGAGCGCGGGUGGCCGCGGCGCGGAGAACCGGACGGGCGCCGAGCCCCCGCUGCACCUCUUCCCCGCGCCCGUGCUCACCGGCAUCACGGUCGCCUGCGUCCUCCUCUUCGUCAUCGGGAUCAUCGGCAACCUCAUGACCAUGCUGGUGGUGUCGCGGUUCCGGGACAUGAGGACCACCACCAACUUCUACCUGUCCAGCAUGGCCUUCUCCGACCUGCUCAUCUUCCUCUGCAUGCCCCUGGACCUCUUCCGCCUCUGGCAGUACCGGCCCUGGAACUUCGGGGACCUCCUCUGCAAGCUCUUCCAGUUCGUCAGCGAGAGCUGCACCUACUCCACCAUCCUCAACAUCACCGCCCUCAGCGUGGAGCGGUACGUCGCCAUCUGCUUCCCCCUCCGAGCUAAGGUGAUCAUCACCAAGGGGAAGGUCAAGCUGGUCAUCCUCUUCCUCUGGGCCGUCUCCUUCAUUAGCGCCGGACCCAUCUUCGUCUUGGUGGGGGUCGAGCACGAGAACGGCACGAACCCCCUGAGCACCAACGAGUGCCGAGCCACGGAGUACGCCAUCCGCUCCGGGCUCCUCACCAUCAUGGUCUGGACCUCCAGCAUCUUCUUUUUCCUGCCCGUGUUUUGCCUGACCGUGCUGUACAGCCUCAUCGGGAGGAAGCUCUGGAGGAGAAAGAGAAAGAACAUCGGCCCAAACGCUGUCAUCAGGGAUAAGAACAACAAGCAAACUGUGAAAAUGUUAGUUGUGGUGGUAUUUGCUUUCAUACUCUGCUGGUUGCCUUUUCACGUAGGACGAUAUUUAUUUUCCAAAUCCUUUGAAGCUGGGUCCUUGGAGAUAGCAGUGAUCAGCCAGUACUGCAACUUGGUGUCCUUUGUCCUCUUCUACCUUAGCGCAGCCAUCAACCCCAUCCUCUACAACAUCAUGUCGAAGAAGUACCGAGUCGCCGCUUGCCGGCUGUUUGGACUCAAACCCCUCCCAAAGAAAAGACUCUCCAGCACGAAGCAAGAAAGUUCGCGGGUUUGGACAGAACCGAGCGUUAUCACUUGA